CGAGGGAAGUUCCCGACCCGAGCAGGCUGUGUAAAAUAGACUUCAGCAUAUCCUCUGCUGCGUUUGGUAACCGUGAUCAACGCCACACCAAGCCUCCGUCACAACACCAACAAUAACGACUUUAAUUCUUUGUCCAAUGAAGGUAGUCACGUUGGAAUGAAUAGUUGCUAAAUACAAAAAAAAACACUGUGUGAUUUCACACGCAGGGCUCAUGUCUGCCACCUCAGUGAUGAUUCUGGAGCACGCAGCAUGGAAAGGAACAUUGGAGACCAGCUCAACAAGGCUUUCGAAGCUUAUCGCCAGGUCUCCAUUGAGAAAGACAAUGCUAAAAAGGAGCUGCAACAAAUGACUGAAUAUUACAAACGAUACACUCAACAACUUCACCAGCAGAUAGAUUACCAGCAACAGCUGAUUUCCGCACUCGAAGAUGAGCUGAUGUCAGCUACAAAGCAGCCGUCAGAGAAGAAAUGUGAGCCGGCUGCCAAAACACUGAAGGAGGACAUGUGUUUGCCAUUCAAUCAGCUCGUCAACGAAGCCAACGAGGCAUUUCGGAAAAUAAAGUACCUGAAGGAUAUUGAACGUGUUGCUCCCAAAUCGCCGGCCAACAACAGCUUUGACUAUCAGGAUAUGAUUGAUGCAUUUGAAGCAAUUCAAGGGAAAUUCCAGCAGAUUCAAUCUCUGACCAGAAGACAAAAAGAUUACCUCAAAAGAUUUCACGGAGGGCAUGAUACAUCAAAUGAUCAGCGCUUCUCCAUGCCGAUCCAGUGCACAGAUGGUACAGCGGAUCGGGCAGAAAGACCCUUUUCCUCAGCGCUGAGGUCAGCUGUGGAUAUCCCACUACCGCCCACAUCUCUGGCGUCCCGCGGCGCCAGCCCUGAGGACUUAGUAGACUCUCUUACUAAACUCAGUGUCAAAUUCCCGCCCUCUGCGGACAGUGAAUAUGAGUUCCUAAACAGCGCCCCGGAGAGAAACGUCGGUCUUGCUGUGCCCAGGAAGCAUCCUCUCAGCAGCGUCCCCAGCACGCUCACAGAAGAGGCGCCCGUGGACCUCGACGUGCCUUUUGUCUAUCCUGCCUCCCCCUCCCACUCGCCAUCGUCUGUGCUCUCCCAGGAGAGAGUGCGGGGACCCCAGCAGCCUCUGUGGAGCCCCGAGCUGUGUGCCGCCAUUGACGUGGGGAUGGAGCUGGAGAUUGCACAGAGCAGCAGUCCAGAUAAAUGCGCUUUCUGCCAUACUGUGGUUCCUCAGGACCAAAUGAACAGCCACCUCUACUCACAUUUCUCUUUUAAAAAUGAAGCCAGUAAUUGACAUCUGCAGCAAAGACUGACAUAGCGACACUUCAACCACGCCACAAUUUACUGUAUUCAUGGUUUAGCCGCGGUUACCGUGGAGUACAUGCGCUGUACUGGAAUUGAAAUGACACUGCAAUAAGACUUGAAUCCAUUUAUUUAAUACUGAAGAAUUGAAUGGUACACUUAUAUAUAUAUUUUUUUCUGCUCAUAUUUUUCUUAUAUCACCCCAGAAUUCUACUCUUUUACGUGAUGUUGAUGUUUAUGGUAGGUAUAAGCAAAUAAAACUAACAUUUUAAUCACAAA